UGCGAUGCGACUCCUUUACUUUGAUGGUUCCGGGCGACUCCUCUCGACAAAUUUUAGCCGCAAAACAAUUCCGCCAUACGCCAUUCUUUCCCACACCUGGGGUGAUGACGAGUUUCUCUUCGAAGAUCUGGUGAAUGGCACUGGACAUGGCACGGCUGGCUAUGAAAAGAUUCUGUUCUGCGGUGAACAAGCGGCCCGUGACCAUAUACAGUACUUCUGGGUCGACACUUGUUGUAUUGACAAAUGGAAUCUCCGCGAGCUUUCAAACGCAAUAAACUCCAUGUUCCGGUGGUACAAGAACGCGGCAAGAUGCUACGCUUUCCUCUCGGAUGUCUCGACGCCUAUAGCAGAUGCACAUCUGCACGAGGGUACAUGGGAUGCAUCCUUUCGAAAGAGCAAAUGGUUUACUCGAGGCUGGACACUUCAAGAACUCCUAGCUCCAGCAUCAAUCGAGUUCUUUUCCUUAGAUCGUCAGCGACUUGGGGACAAAGACUCCCUCGAGCAGCAGAUCCAUGAGAUUACUCGCAUCCCGGUUAUAGUGUUACGGGGCGAUCCUCUUAACGAAGUUAGCGUUCCCGAGCGAAUGGCAUGGAUGGCGGGCCGUCAAACAACGCAAGAAGAAGAUAUGGCGUACUCUUUAAUUGGAAUUUUUGGUGUGUCCAUGGAGUUUAGAUACGGCGAAGGAAUAGAGAGAGCACAGGAGCGACUCCAGGAGGAAAUGGAGAAAGGUACCGUUUACACCAGUUUUUCGAAUAAUUGCUAAAGCCUAGCCCGCAGCCAACACCGCGCCGUUUAUCGUACCAUUUGACCAAAAC